CUAGCAAAAUGAUUGGUACCCAUGAGCAAAAGCAUUAGUAGUGAGAGAGUCACUUGCAAUUGAGCCUGAGUAGAGCCCAAGCCGAUGAGCAAAACGGGCCGGAUCACCGACAAUCUAGCACAAGCCAGCCAACGCUGGCUUGGAAGACCUACUCUCGCAUUCACUCCCACAUGGAUGCGGCCAUCUUUGGAGACAUAGACAGUCGUGCACUUAAUAACGUGGAGCCACAGUUUGAUAGUCAAACACGAUCAUAAUUGCAAAAAGCCUUUCACUGCCUUCAAUUGACUGCCAUCUUCCAAACUCUCAUGUCCAGCUAUUCGCAUCCCGCUAGUCCUGGUCCUUUAUCGACAUCGUCUAUAACGCCGUACUACCUGAAAGAUGAAUCUCAGGCAUCAAUAACCCUUCGACAUAUGGCAAACAGCCUGAAUGCCGCAGCAUACGAGUCCUUUCGCUCUCCAGAAAACUUCAUUCCUCCGCAUAUCGGCUUUGAUCUUGAGUGGAAACCCAAUUACAGGCCGGGUGAAGCGGAAAACCCUAUUGCGGUCAUUCAAAUCGCCUUUCAAACAGCGUCUUAUGUCGUUCACGUCAGAUGGAUGAGGAACCUGCCAGACGGAUUAGCGGAAAUACUGGAAAAUCCACGGAUCGUGAAAGUUGGUGUAGGAAUACAAAAUGAUGCCAAAAAACUAUUCAAGGACCUCAGGAUAUGUCUUAACUCUUGUGUGGACCUUUCUCUUUUCGUGAAAUGCGUGGACUCUGGCUUGUUCGCGGAACGUUUGGAUAGAUACGCGGGUAUUCCGCUCCUGUCAUCGGCUUUCACUCCACCGUCUUUACCCCCAGAUUCAACUUCACCUUGGGAGUUUUACGCCUCCGAAACUUUCCUUGGACCACACUUCCGCCGCCUGUUUCGAGGUUCCUAUUCAUCCUCGAUCGGUCUUGCCCGUUUGGCAGAAACGUAUGAAGGGAUUGUUCUUACCAAGGGUAAGAUAACACGAAGUAAUUGGGAUUUAGAGUUAUCUCCAGCUCAGGUCACUUAUGCUGCUCUGGACGCGUACGCAGGCUCCGUAGUCUAUACGCAUUUGAUCAGACUUUUCAGCCUUCUGGAACCGACUCGAAGACCGAAGAGGAAAUUUUAUGCCUUCGACUGUAUUCGAGGAACUUUGUAUAACUGUUGCGGGGACAACAGACGGACCUUACUCGGCGAACAGAUGGAAGAUACGGAAUUACCUCGUGGAUAUACUAUUCUUCCGACCUUCUACCCUGUCGAGGAUGAAAUAGCUCUUCAUCUACAAGGCGUAGGAAGCGAUCAACCUCGUGGGCUGAUCAUUUGGAAUCCGUCUAAUCCAGAAUACGACCCAGGCCCGAUGCCGCCGCGAAAGACACCAAAAGAAAAGGAGGAGACGAGGAUAGCAAGGCAAAAGCGGAGGCAGGAGAAAAUGAAGGAGGAAGCAGCUCAAAAUGGAGGUGCUAAAACAGAUUCGGAAGUCGUUCGUGCUCCGAAUGACAGUGUGAGCGUAGCCCCUAACGUGGCUCGUGCCCCACCUCGAAUCGAUAAUACGGGGGGUCGUGCCCAACGCCGUACGAACUUCAUACCAAAAAAUAUCAAUAAUCACGGUCCAACAAAUUUGGUUGGGAGUUCAACGCUACCUACGAACCCGGCGCUUCCCACAGCGAGCUCUGGCCCCAAAGGCAUCCGUUCUUCGAUGCCGACCGUGCAAAUCUCGAAAGCUCCUGGUGCGCCAACGGAAGGACCCAAACGCCAACCACCACGGCGACCAAGAUUUAGAAAAAGAAAUCCUCCUCCGCAUCAAACUGACCAGGGAGUUCGUGGAUAACCAGUGACAUAGAUUUAACCUUUUAGUAUGCAAGCCCUUGGGUCACACAAUUAGAUCUAUUCCAAGGAAGGCCAGGAGUCUGAGGAUGUCAUGAGUUUCCGCAGCUCGUAUCCUUAUUUAUGGCUUUAAAACAUGUCCAUGUACCCUCACGUACCUCACAACUCGAGUUGCGACAACUGUUUCCGAAGCUGCAAGCAAUUUUAGUCACUACACAUUUAGUUCUUGAUCUUCUCAUUCAUUCUCAACUUUUACUUUGCAAGUGG